GAACACCAAUCACGUUCUAGGAACUUUGACGCAAUUUGCAAAUGGCCGUGAAAAGGACUGAACUCGAGAUUCGAGGGUGUAUGAAGAGCUAAUGUUGGAUUUUAGCGUGUUAAAAACUUGUGUAUAAUUCGAUAUUUAGUGUGGUGCUGUGCAAGAUACAAAAUGUGCCAAAAAGUGAGAAUCCAGUCUUAAUGUUGGUAUAGGACGCGCCCGAAAACCGCUGGAGCGACGAUCGAAGGGACAUUGCUGACAGAAGGAGGUCGUUGCGUUGCGUGAUAUAAGACGCGGCGCGCGGUUGUCGAGCGGUCGGUACGUUUGAGAGGACAGGCUACACCUCGCCAUGUCCACCAUGAGUGAAUUAGACAACCUCCGUCAAGAAGCGGAGACGCUAAAGAAUGCGAUCAGAGAUGCAAGGAAGGCGGCCUGCGAUACGUCGCUGGCGCAGGCGACGGCGAACCUCGAGCCCAUUGGGCGCAUACAGAUGCGCACGCGACGCACACUGCGCGGACAUCUCGCCAAGAUCUAUGCGAUGCAUUGGGGCAGUGACUCCAGGAACUUGGUGUCUGCGAGUCAGGACGGCAAACUGAUAGUGUGGGACAGCCACACAACCAACAAGGUGCAUGCGAUACCGCUGCGCUCCAGCUGGGUGAUGACCUGCGCGUACGCACCCUCCGGCUCUUACGUCGCCUGCGGUGGAUUAGACAACAUAUGCUCCAUUUACAGUUUGAAGACCCGCGAGGGUAACGUGCGCGUGUCACGCGAGCUGCCCGGCCACUCGGGCUAUCUCUCUUGCUGCCGGUUCCUCGACGACAACCAGAUCCUCACCAGCUCUGGCGAUAUGACUUGCGCCCUGUGGGAUAUCGAGACAGGCCAGCAGUGCGGCCAGUUCACCGGCCACACGGGCGACGUGAUGUCGCUGUCGCUGGCGCCCGACCAGCGCACCUUCGUGUCCGGCGCCUGCGACGCCUCCGCCAAGCUCUGGGACAUCCGCGAGUGUCAGUGCAAGCAGACCUUCCCCGGACACGAGAGCGAUAUCAACGCCGUCACGUUCUUCCCAUCCGGGUUUGCGUUCGCGACCGGUUCAGACGACGCGACGUGCCGCAUGUUCGACAUCCGCGCGGACCAGGAGCUCGCCAUGUACUCGCACGACAACAUCAUCUGCGGCAUCACCUCCGUCGCAUUCAGCAAGUCGGGCCGACUGCUACUGGCCGGCUACGACGACUUCAACUGCAACGUCUGGGACUCCAUGAAGAGCGAGCGCGCCGGUAUCCUGGCUGGACAUGACAACCGCGUGUCCUGCCUGGGUGUGACCGAGAACGGCAUGGCCGUCGCCACCGGAUCCUGGGACUCGUUCCUCCGCAUCUGGAACUAAGCCCCCCUCCUCCUUCCCCCCGCACCCCUCCCGCACCCCACCCUCUGCACCGCACCCCCUGCCGUCAACUUGUAACUACGUGUGAUUACAAACUGCCUCACUAGCUGGGUAGAGAACUCAUCAAGAGUACUUCUAGAGCCUAGAGCAUCUCUCUUCCAAGUCCUCGUUGGUCCUCGUCUCUCUACCCAGCCUAGCCGAGCCCAGUUUACAUGUGCGGAUGGAACUUGAAUGAUAAGUUGAUGGCUAGCCCCAGUUGAACCGGUGACGUCAGUUUCUAGUUUUAUAUUCGAUAUCAAGCGGUGUGUGAAUGUGUUAGCUUCUAAUUUUGAUAUCUUACUGACGAUAGUCCAUGUAUUUCCUUAUUCGGUUCGACUAUCGCAGCCAUUGGGAUAGCUCAAUGUGUAACGAAAUUCGACUUUGACAGACCUGAGUAUCGUCGGUCUUUAUAUUCUAAAGGGGCGGCUGUUUACCUAAACCUGUAUAAAGUCCAGUCAUCUUAUAGUUCAUUGUCAUUACGUAAAUAUUUCUGAUUUGAGGCACAAAUGACUUGGUGUAUAUAACGUCGUACUGUGUUACUGAAACAUGUCGGCUAGGAAUUAUUCUGUAUAUCGGAUGCGCACAACGAGCACAGACAUACGACACGAGUCGCCGCGUCAGCACGGGACGCUCCCGUAUAUAAAACUCGCUUUAUUUAUUUAUAAUUAUAAUUUCUAACAAUAUUAAAAGCAUUUAAACAACUUUUUAGGGAGGAAUGUAGUUUACAUGUAUGUGUGAGUGCGCUGUCAGUGUGCGUGUGUGAGCGUCAUUACUGAUCCAUUGUUCACUGCAUAAAGUAUAUUAUUAUGUAUAAUUAUAAUUAUGUAAUGGUAUAAUUAACGAUAGACGCUGGUGACCUUUCCGCGGAGGGGUUCAAGGCUGCCGGAAUCAUUUUCUGUUUCUUGGUAAGUAGAUUCGAUGUUAAAACUAGUAUUCUAUAUCUUUGCAAUAAAAAGAAAAUUACUUAACUCCUAGCGAGUAUACGACAGACAGCUUGUGUGUAACUUUGUCAGUAUUCAGUAAUAUCUAUACGUUAAUGCAAAUAAGUUACCAAUUUGAACUGCCGAUAUCUCAAAGGCCAACUUUGUUGUCAAGUUUCAUAGCACUGUCAUUUGUAAAAUGAAUGUUUGUCAAUCCGGCAGUCAGUAGUCGGUGUGAAAGUACUUUCUUCUAUUCUUUUAUACUUAUUCCUGUUAAUUUAGCGACAAUUCUAUUAUCAACUGAAUAUUUCUAUUCUUUCCAAUGAUGUUUUAUCGCUAAAGUAAUAAGAAUAAGACCAAAAGAGCCAUAAGUUAUGUUUUAAAUAUUAUUAUUAUUGUAAAUUAGUAAAUGUUAGUUUGGCACGUUUAAUGUAUGACGUUACUCUUUGGGUUUCAGGUGACAACAUCGCACAACAGAAUAUUAUACAAUCUAUAAAAAAACUAUAAUUAAAGAACCAAAUAUUAAUUAUAAAUGUAUCUAUGCAUAACUUAUUGAAUGAGAACAUUGUUUUCGUUUCUCGUCACUUCGAUGUAAUCCUAACGUGGUUGAGCUACUAUAUAUUUAAUAUAUGUUUUAGAUUAGUCAACACACCGGUUUGUUAUAAGUAUGAGAUUGUACCGAUCUCCAUUGACGAAUAAAAAUCAUUUUUUUGUACCUAAAUAAGGACGCUGACACACGAAUUUAUUAAUUUGUCGCGAAAUCUGCGCAUACGCACAUGAUUCACCGAUACUGCGCUGGUACUGUACUCCACCACAGCCACAUUAGUUCCUGUGUCAGUGUCCUUACAUUGACGUUCACGAAUAAUUGUAAAAUGAGAUCUAAAUCUUAAUCUAGGCUUUAAGCGUACAAUUACAAUGAUUUAUACUUUGACAUGCAAUAUAAUUUAUCUAUAUCCAA